UACCAAAAAUGAGAACGUGCUCGAGUUUCAAUGGUGUAUUUUAAAAAAAUACAUCGCUGUUAUUCAUCAAUAAUAUAAAAAUAACAUUGAAUUAACUUUCUAGUCGUUCAUCAAAUGGUUUUCAUAAAAUGAAGUUGUUAGUACGUUUGCCAUUAUCAAGUUACCUCGCGAUAAUUUAAUAUAUCAGAGCUUUUGAUUCAAAUUAACUAGUAGCUUGGCCAAACUAAAUGUGCAUAUACCUAUUUAUUCAUUGAGAUAGAUAUUGCGGUAAAUAAAAUUUAUAAACAAAAGCUCUCAUUUCGUUCUCGUCCAUCUAACAAGAUCUUAUCAAAUCACUCCAAAAUGGACCCUGGCGCGCCCUUUAACGUUUCUGAAUUCUUGGAGAAAUCAAUCCAUGAAAAUAGUUCAGAAAAGUUGACAUUUUUUGCUGGUGCCGGGAUAUCAAUAGACUCUGGAUUGCCUAAUUUUAUUACUUUUGGUCGAAACAUGAUCCAAAGAAUUUGUGGCGAAACAACUGAAGAUGUUAUUCCGAAGAACAAUUUAGACCAACUUCUUUUUCUGUUGAGACCCGAAGUAUUGCUGCAGACCUUAUCGAAUACGUUUGGUGAAAAAAUGAGCGAGUUUUCCGAGUGGCUGGUCGGCGAAACUCCAAACCCGACUCACAAGUUCUUAGCUCGGGCUCUAAAAAAUGGGCACAUGGUGAUCACAACCAACCUCGACAUCCUCAUAGAAAAAGCAUACGAAGAUUUGACAGGUGAGAAACCACGAGUCAUAGUGGACCACGAAGACUUCGUCGCUCUCGCUGAGGAACUCGAGGUGUCCGGAACUCCAAAAUGUGCAACUGUAGUAAAACCCCACGGAACAAUCGAUACCCAAUACGAAGACCCCGAAAGACGCUACAAAUCAGUGAGAGUGUGUCUGGACCAAGUGGGCUUGGGAUUGACCAAGGAGUGCAGGGGAGCUGUGGAGCACUACAUCAAGACCACGCCCAUGGUCUUCAUGGGCUACAGUGGGUGUGACCACUUCUCACUCACUCCUGUCUUGACUGUCACCCCCACAGAGCAUAAAUCAGUCUGGCUAUUCCACGAUUGGACUGAAGAAGUGAUUGAGGUUCACGAACCCAUCAGAAAAGUGUACGAAGACAUCAUCAGACAAGUGUACUGUGGAAAAGUCUACGCUGAUAUCAACCGGGGUAUGGAGCUGCACGCAGUGUGUGACAUUCUGCUCUCCAGAAGUAACAUUGUCCAAUGGAAAGGAGACGUCAGCAACCUCUUCAGGAAAGUCACAGGAGAAGAGAAUUUCGAACGACUUCCAGGCGGACUAUAUGAGGCGCCCAAAUGGGUCGAAGCUGUGAAAGAGCACGAGAAAUAUCUGAUGGCGGCACGGCUCUAUCGAAGGGCAAACCAACAGGCCGAUUGCCUCUCGAGCGUCGAAAAGGGCCUCGCAGUCGUACCGGCCGAUUCUAAACACGCCGAAGCCGAUUUGCUGUACGCUAAAGCAGAAAUCGAGAUGGAAAAAAGUACAAGUGAAACGUCUGAAAAAGCAAUGGAGCAUUUCCAAAAGUGUAUUGAGCUUUACAAAGAAGCGAAUGACCAAAAAGGUCAAAAUGAGUGCUCCCUCGAAAUAAUAAACGUUCUACGACGAAUGCGGAAAUUUAAGGAAUCGAUCUUAGAACUGAACAAAUUAGAAAAACAGUUUAGCAAUGCAAAGUACGAAGGUGUGAACAAACAUUUGAUCAGAAUUAACUUGAUGCGAGGUUUGAUUUUGGGGCUAAGUGGGGAUAAAAGCAUAGAGAACAAAGAGCAAGCGGUUUCUCUUCUCAAAGCAGGAGUUGAGAAGUGCAGGGUAAAUGGGUUCAUUCUCCUUGAGUCGCAAAGUUUGAACUCUUUGGCGUUGGUUCUGUUCCAAGUGUCGGCAGAAAAUGUAGAAAAAUUGAAACAAGCAGCAAAGUAUCUCUACGAUGCGCUGAACUUGAAUGUGUAUUGUGGUCAGACUAGAUCCUGUUUUCAGCAGUACAGGAAUUUGGGACUUGUGCAUGGAAAGUUGGCUCAUCUUGAAGACUGUACGGAAAGCAAGAAAGAAUUGUAUGAGAAGGCUCUCAAUGACUUCGAAAACGCCGAAACGUAUCUUCAAAGAUCACAAGGAGGAUUUAUGGAAGGCGAAAUGCUAGAGGCCAAAUUCAGACAGGGCGAAACUCUAGUUCGCUUAGAAAGGUCAAACGAGGCCAUUGAAACAUUGCAAAAGGUCAUCGAGAGACGACAAGCAUCGAAGGAUUGGCACAAUGAGGCGAGAGCGAUCGAUUUGAUUCUGCAAACCGACAAAAAGGAGAGUUACUGUCAAUAUAUGGGACGUUUGUUGGAUAUUUAUGGCUCGGUUUUAAGCGAUGAGGGGAAAAUGAAAGUUUUCAAAGCACAGGCCUUCAGAUUUUCAAACGCGAGUGAGUUUUUCAAGAAUGCGGUAUCGAAAGCGGAGCUGAUCGAACGACCUGGAAUUGCGAGUGAUUUGAAAAAGUGUUUCCAGGAUUUGGAAAGGACUAAGAAUGCUUGAAUAACAACUAACUCAUAUUGUUACGAGAAUAUGACACCCCCACAGUGGCGAAAAUGGAUAUUGAUUAUUUACGGAAAAGUUUUCAAAGCUAAAGUAUAGAACUGAUUUAUCUACUACAACCAUUUUGCGAACAAUAAUCAUUUAUAUACAAAUAGAAUCGAUUUUUUUUUCACUAA